CAUCUUCGUCCAGGGCCGAGGAUUGAAGGUCCACUACAGAGCCACUUUACAGCAUGCGGCUUGCAUCCUUGUAGGUUCCUCAUAAACGAAUCAAGACUCACUAAAUGCAAAGAUGUUCCUAUCAAAAGGGGUUGCUUCCGCAACAGUCACGCUACCCGCGACAUGGAAAAAAGCGUAUGGGCUAGCGGCCACAUUGGAAAUGGGUUCCCGUCAGAUAAGGUCAUGGAGGUAUAUAUGUCUUGCAACAAGUCUUCCGGAUACCUGUGUGAGAUGCGCCUUUACACUGUGCCCAUCUCAACCUCAAUAUGGAGUCACAAUCAGCCCUAAGUUCGAGCAAGCUCUUUCCCAUCGUGUCUUUGACCAGCGUUGGAUGGCUUGCUGCCCUCUGGAUUGCCUACCGAAUCGCUAUCGCUCUUUACAACAUAUCGCCGUUUCAUCCGCUCUCGAAAUUUCCCGGUCCAAAGAUCGCAGCUGCAUCUUACCUUUACGAGGCCUACUAUGACUGGUGGCUACUUGGUCGAUAUGGCAAAGUCAUCGCCCGUAUGCACGAACAGUAUGGUCCCAUUGUCAGGAUAAAUCCCGAUGAACUUCAUUGUGCGGAUCCGGCGUUCACAGACGAGAUUUAUGCUGGCCCUGGCCGCGUUCGUGACAAGUGGCAGCAUCAACUGAAUACCGGUGGUGCUGGACCUGUUAGCGUCACCGGAUUUUCGACAGUCGACCACAACUUGCAUCGUGCGCGCAAGACACCUCUAUCCAAGUUCUUCUCUCGCCAACAGAUGCUGAAGUUGGAGGAUGAGGUGCAUGACUUCGCUGAGCAAACCACAAACAAGAUGAUGACUUUUGCCGGCAAGGGAGCUUUUGAUAUCAAAGAAGCCUUCAACUGCUUCACUGCAGAUGUCAUCUCCCAGUAUGCGUUUGGCGAGCCCAUGGGAUUCAUUGCCCAGGAGGGUUGGGAGCCUAACUUUGCAACUUGGGUCAAGUCAUUCUUUAAAAGCGCGUACAUGAUGAGGCACAAUGCACUAGGACGAAAAAUGGCUCAGGUCAUGCCGUUGUUGGCAGACUACCUCGGCGAGGACAUCAAAUCAGUCAUGCAUCAGAUGAACGUCGUUAUCCCCAGUUACAUCCAACAGGCUGUCAAGAACCCUGAAAACGGAAGGGUGUUUGCAGAUCUUGUAGAGUCCAAAGCGCGGCCGGACAAUGAGACAAUGGAAGAAACCAAGUUUCGUCUCAACGGAGAAGGCUUCAACUUUUUGCUUGCGGGCACUGAAACCACUGCGGCUAUCCUGACUGUCUUCACCUACUGGGUUCUCGCAAAGCCUGAAAUCUACGCCCGCCUCAUGCAGGAUCUGAAUGGCUUGAAUGGACAGAACCUGAAGUGGGUCGAGCUCGAGAAGCGCCCGUACUUGUGGGCUAUCUUGCAGGAAUGCUUGCGAAUGAUGCCUGGUGUCUCCCAUAGAUCUGCUCGAGCUGCGCCUCUGGAGGAGCUGGUCUACAAGAGCCAGGAUGGCAAAACCGAGUUCGUAAUUCCGAGGAACACACCCAUUGGGAUGACAUCGAUGAUCAAUCACUGGAACAAGGACCUCUUCCCUAACCCCAACGAUUUCGUUCCCGAGAGGUGGCUUAUCAACGGUGAACCAAACUACCAAUUGCAAAAGAAGCUCAUCGCCUUCGGAAAGGGGAGCCGAUCGUGCAUUGGCGAGAACCUGGCUUACUGCGAGCUGUAUAUCAUGUCAGCUCUUAUGGCAUUCUACGUUAUCCCGAGAUCCAAGCUCGUGGAUACCACAGUAGAAGAUAUCUCGUAUGAUCACGACCUUAUUGUUUUGCAAACGAAGAAGGGCUCAAUCUCUGUGCGCAUUGCUAUCGAGUAGUUCGAAAUGACACAGCAUUCAGUAGCCAGAAUAAGAUCGUAUGACCUCAUAUCGGCUAUCCAGCAAUAUGCAGCUAAUUAAUACGUUAAUCCGGCUUCUCACCUUUCAACUGCAGUCUGAAGUAAUACAUGGGUAGCUGUUAGAUCUAUUGCCCGCUACUUGGCAUUUUCAUGCCAGAUG